GAACGCAGCAGGUUCAUGAGUCAGACUGUACAAGAGUGAGAAACAGGAAUAAACAGAAAACAAUAACCACACAGUCAGUGAGGCGACAUCACCGUAAAAACGCGUUAAACUCUCGUGCGGGAUGAAAACGUCAAACUUUUGGGAGAGAAGUGUUUUGCUGGUGGUGUGUGUGGCGGCGCUGGCGGACUGUCAUCAUCCGGAUGAUGAGGAGAUGAGCUCACCGCGAGGAGAUCAGGCUGAGCGCGCGGCCGAGCUUCACACGUGCACCAAGAACGCAUGGCGCAUACCGGAUCAGUACCUUGUGGUGUUACGGGAGGGAGCACGCAAUGGUCAUGUGCUGAGGACAGCACGCACGCUGCACACGCAAGCUACCAGGAGUGGACACACCGUCCACAUCACACACACGUACUCUGGAGCCUUCUUUGGAUUCCUUAUUAAAAUGAGCAGUGAAGUCCUGCCCAUGGCUCUAAAACUGCCCCACGUUGCGUACAUUGAAGAGGACUCGUCCAUUUUUGCCCAGAGCAUUCCAUGGAACUUGGAGCGCAUCAUCCAGACAAAGCAUGAAACUGGAAAAUACACUCCACCCAAUAAUGGAACACAAGUGACCGUCUUCCUCCUGGACACCAGCAUUGAGACGAAUCAUCGUGAAAUCAAGGGGAAAGUCAUGAUGACGGAUUUCAACAGCGUGCCCGAGGAGGAAGGAGUGCAAGUUCACAGGCAGGCCAGUCAGUGUGACAGUCAUGGGACACACAUAGCUGGAGUGUUGAGUGGGCAAGACACUGGUGUGGCACGUGGCGUUAGUGUGAACACCGUGCGGGUGCUGAACUGUCAGGGCAGAGGCACGGUGUCUGGAGCACUGGCAGGUCUGGAGUAUAUCCGUGCAUCUCUGAAGGUGCAGCCCAUCAGUCCUGUGAUCUUACUAUUACCGUUUGCAGGGGCGUUCAGUCGCACGCUCAACACUGCCUGCCGAGAAAUGGUACACUCUGGUGCGGUUGUUAUAGCUGCUGCAGGAAAUUACCAAGAUGAUGCCUGUAUGUACUCACCAGCGUCAGAACCAGAGGUGAUCACAGCAGGAGCUACAAACGCUGAUGAUCAGCCUCUGAGUUCAGGAACCACUGGCACUAACCUGGGCCGCUGCGUGGAUAUUUUCGCCCCUGGUGAUAACAUCAUUAGUGCCUCCAGUGAUUGCUCAACCUGCUUCACCACUAAGAGUGGAACUUCACAGGCAGCUGCACAUGUUGCUGGGAUAGCUGCAGUGCUUCUGAACGCUUACCCCAGUGCCAGUCCUGCCGAGGUGCUGCAGCUGCUCCACUACCACUCCGUCAGCCAUGUGAUGAAUCCAGAGUCUUUGCCUCUCGAACACGCCUUCACUACCCCUGACAUGGUGGCUGCUCUGCCUAUCUCUACAGCUGCAGGUGAGAGACUUCUGUGCCGCUCCGUUUGGUCUGAGAGGUCAGGCGCUGAGAGCUCCGACGCAGCAGUGGCUCGCUGCCGCCAUGGUGAAGAGAUGCUCAGCUGUUCCAGCUACUCACCAAAUGGAGUGCAUGCUGGAGAGAGAAUAGAGAUACAGGAUGGGCAGAAGGUGUGUGAGGCCCAUCGUGGAAUAGGAGGACAGGGUGUGUACGCCAUAGCACGCUGCUGCACAGGCAACAAGGUGAAGUGCCAGGCCAGUGCCAGUCUCCAUGUAGGCAUGGAAGCAGAGUGUCCUAGCCAAGAGUACCAGCUUACAGGAUGCAGCUCUCACUCCAUCCGGUCCCAAGAUGUAUCCAAGUCUUCAUGGCCUCUCCAUAGCAACCGUAAAGCGUGUCCUGCCAGAGAAGGUGGGAAGUCACACGCUUCCUGUUGCCAUGCUCCAAAUCUGGAAUGCCAUCUGAUUGAACACCACCAAUCUGACUUUAAAGAACAGGUGGAGGUCUCAUGUGAAGACUCCUGGACACUUACAGGCUGUAAUGCUGUGUCACAUGGUUCUGUCACUCACACGGCAUACAUGAGAGGAAAUACCUGCGUAAUCCAGAUGUCUGAAGGAGAUAAAGCAGUUACAGCUUUCGUCAUCUGUUGCAGAUACUGGCCUCUUGAUCAACAGAGCAACAGCAGCCAUGAGCAAAGCACCUAAUAAGAGCUUAUGGGUCAGUUUUUGAGGUCUUCCGUGUGUCCAUCCAUCACUUGAAAUAUUAUGCCACUCUGGUGUACUGAACCACUUUACAGUUUCUUUACGCUCAAAGCAAUUCAGCACUGAUUUAAAAUGAGACAAACAAUAGCAAUGAUUAAAUUUACUAAAAUUAUCAGUUCCUUGCUUCUAAAAUGGGACUGCUUAAAGUGUUUAUUAAAACAAAUCGGUUUGUACAUUCCUAGUGUUUCCUAUCUUCCUGGUGAAACGAAUUAUCCCUAAUACUUAAUUUUUCUCAAACACGAACUGUUACAAGUUUUCUUUCCUGUUUGACCGUUCAGUAUGCUUGUUUUAUUUAGCUAAAUUUCAUUAAAAAUAUUUAGACUUGUGACUACAUAAUUAAAUAAUUUUUGCAUGAACUGUAUGUAUUCUAAUAGUUCUAUUUUUGUAUAUGUGGAUCUUUUUUU